GUUUAAGAAAGAAGCGCCGGCGACCUCCCUCCCCUUCUGCUCCCCUCUGAGCUACAGUCGAGACGAAGAGGAGGAAGGAAGGAGAGAUGGGAACGCGCGAUGUCCUUGUUUUCGUUCUCCUCUCUAUUCUCUCAGCUUCUGCGCUCUCGGAUCUGGUCAUUCUCAAAUGCGAUCGGCGAAUUGAUUUGAGAACACAUAUUGUACGUGUUAGUACCUCAUUAAAGGUGGAAAAUAUUGGACCUGCUGGAGUUUCUGAAUUCCUCUUGACGGUUCCCAAUUUUCAGGCCCAAAAUUUGGCAUAUCUAACGGCAUCAUCUUAUGAAGGACAUGGAAAAUCUAAAGGUUCUGUUGUUAAUUUGUCAGCAAAUUUGGUGCAGCGAGAUGGUAUGCCACCAGAUAUUACACUUUACUCAGUCUCUCUACCCAAGGAAUUGGGCAAAGGAGAAAGUCUGACCUUUGACAUAUUGUCAGUAUUCACCCAUUCUCUAAAGCCUUUCCCUGAAGAAAUAACACAGGCAGAUAUUCAAUUAGUUGUAUACCAAGAUGGUGCAUAUUAUCUGUCUCCUUAUGAAGUUAAGGUUCAGUCUCUUUCUGUCCAGGUCCCUAGUCCAAGAGUUGAAUUCUAUACAAAGCUUCCCAAUGCGAAAGUUGUUGAAUCAGAGAUAAAAUAUGGUCCAUAUGACAAUCUCCCUCCCUUCUCAUUCUCACCAAUAAUAGUCCAUUUCGAGAACAAUCGUCCUUUUGCAGUUGUGAAAAAGUUAGUUCGUGAAAUUGAAAUUUCCCACUGGGGAAAUGUCCAGGUUACUGAACAUUACUGUCUUGUCCAUGGUGGUGCACGCAAUAAAGGUGGAUUUUCAAGGAUUGAGUACCAAGCAAGACCAGACAUUCGAGGGGCAGCAUCAUUUAGACAUCUUACUGCAAGAUUGCCACCAAGAGCUCAUUCGAUAUACUAUAGAGAUCAAAUUGGCAAUAUUUCAACAUCAAAUUUGUGGGCUGAUUCUCGAAAGACAGAACUGAGAAUUGAACCCAGAUAUCCUUUGUUUGGGGGUUGGAAGACAGAUUUCACUAUUGGUUAUGGUUUACCACUACAGGACUUUCUGUUUGAGUCAGAAGGGAAGUUUGUUCUUAAUUUCUCUUUUGGUUGUCCUAUUGAUGAGGUGGUCAUUGAUAAUCUUCUUGUAAAGGUGGUUUUGCCUGAAGGAUCUAAGGAUAUGUUUGCUCAUGUUCCUUUUGAUACAAACCAGAGGGAAGAGGUUAAAUUUUCACACCUUGACUUUUUUGGGCGGCCAGUGGUGGUCUUGGAGAAGGAGAAUGUCGUUCCUGAGCAUAACCAGCACUUUCAAGUUUACUACAAGUUCAACUGCCUGUCAAUGCUGCAAGAGCCGUUGAUGCUGAUUUCUGGUUUCUUCCUCUUUUUUAUUGCUUGCAUUGUGUUUAAGCAUAUGGACAUAUCAAUCUCGAAGUCAUCUUCUGCAUAUAUUGCAAAGUUGCAAUGGGAUGAGGUUCAAGCAGCUCUUCAGAAUGUGCAUAAUAUUAUAAACCGUUGUAUAGCUGUUGAGGAAAAGCUUGGAGCUUCCUUGCACGAAUUAUCCAGGACAGGAGAUGUUCAAGCUUGUAAAACUGCUCGAAAAGCAGCUGAUGGAUUGCUUAAGGAACUCUUGAAAGAGUUGAAACCUACACUUGCAUUCUUGCAGUCAUCAUCCCAGGCUUCACAAAUAUGGCCAAAGGUUGAUGAACUUGUGGCAAAGGAGAAAGAGAAGCAGGAGAGGCUUAUGAUGAAGCAUUCCACCGUUGUGGAUGGGUAUGAGAAGAGGUCAAAUGGUCGGGAUAUUGCCAACCGUGUUGUGACUCAUGACCAGAGGCUUGCUGUCUUGAACCAGGAAGUUGAUGAACUUCUUGAUUUCAUUGAUCAAAUAUGAGAAAGCUGCUGGUCCAUCAAAAUGGAAGGCAAAUGAUUUUGUUAGCUGAUGCAUGUAUUUGUCACAAGAACCAGACAUCUUAGAGAUAUUAGAAAGGUUGUUUUCUUCACUGGAUGUUGUUAUCAUUGCCAGCCGUGAGUUCUGUAUCUAUUCUUAUUCCUGAAGUUCUUGGUUUCUCUUUUGCUUUUGACUGCAAUCUUUCAGUUGAUUUAAGGCGUUUAAGUUAA